GCUUCCCUCUCUCUCUGUCUCUGUCUCUCUCUCUUUCUCUAGAAGAAAGUUUCAUAUACAGCUACAAGCUCAGCAACAGUUUCCAUCUCUCUCUCUCUCUCUCUCCAUGUCUUUCUCUGUUUCUUUACCUCCACAAACACCAAGAACUCUACCAGAUCCUCCUCUUUCUUCUUCUUCUUCUUCUUGGUUUCGGUCGAACAUGAAGCUCCGAUUAUUCGCUCGCCUGAGGCGGCUCCUACGCACCAAAACCGCUGGGAAGUCGCCGAAGCAAUCCAGCCUCUUCGGCGUCUCGGCGAGCCGCCGUGGAAUCCACAACGACGGCGAUGUCGAUCGCGGAGGGAGCUCCGCGGCGAGGGAAGACGGUCCGGUGGCGUUGCAGAGAGCGGUCAAGAGGGUCCACUUCGGGAGCGCGGAGGAGCGACGGGCCGCGGCCGCAGAGAUCGCGAGGUUGGCGAGGGAGGACGCGAGGGCGAAGAAGCUGAUGGCGGAGCUCGGGGUCGUACAGGCUCUGGUGGCCAUGGUUGGAGUAAAAGGAGAUGGUGCGCGACGAGGAGCGGUUCGAGCUCUCAUCGAGCUUGCUGACGGAAAUCACACGAACAAGGCUCUCAUGGUGGAAGCAGGAAUCUUUCUGACACUGCCAAGCAACAAGGACAUGGUGGACGAACAGACAAGACAUGAAUUCGCAGAACUGCUCUUGUCACUAUCGUCCCUAAAGAACACCCACUUGCCUCCUCUGGAGUCGUCCCAGAUGAUACCCUUCACACUGUCCACUCUUGAAUCGUCCGGCUCGAGACAUGAGACCAAAGAGUCGUGCCUGGGGGCCCUGUACAACCUAUCCGCGGUCCUAGAGAACGCAUCGAAGCUGGCCUCGAACGGCGUGGCGGAAUCGCUCUUGAGGCUGCCGUCGACGUCGAAGGGCCUGGCGGAGAAGGCCCUGGCCACGCUGGCGAACCUCGUGGUCACUUCCCUGGGGAAAAAGGCCCUUGAAGAUAGCCCGAUGGUGCCGGAUAACUUGAUCGAAGUCCUCAUAUGGGAAGACCAACCCAAGUGCCAAGAGAUCUCGGCCCACAUCCUAAUGAUCUUGGCUUACCAGAGCGCAGCUCAAAGAUCGAAGAUGGCGAAAGCAGGGAUCGUCCCGGUCCUUCUCGAGGUGGCCCUGCUAGGGAGCACGCUGGCCCAGAAGAGGGCCUUGAAAAUGCUCCAGUGGUUUAAAGACGAGCGACAGAUGAAGAUGGGCCCGCAUUCGGGGCCGCAGAUGGGGAGGGUCCCGAUGGGCUCGCCGGUGCAUUACCGGGAGGCCCAAGAAGGGAAGAAGGUGAUGCGGAGGCUCGUGAAGGAGAGUCUUCACAAGAACAUGGAGAUGAUCACAAGGAGAGCCGGUGCUGCCCCAAGUUGUUCUUCAGGGCUUAAAACCUUGGUCAUUAGCACAAGCUCCAAGAGCUUACCCUAUUGAAGGAUCUUGAAUAAGCAAAGAAGCCCCAAAAAGAACGGAAAAAGGAGACUUCAUUUCUUGAAUCUUGUGCAGUGCCUAGUGAAAGAUGUAUAUCAUAACGAAAAUGGAUGUCAUAUGUCCAAAAUUCAUGAUGAUUUUGUUUUUGUUGCUUAGAAUUGAUUCUUGAUAUUGGUUU